AGAUGUACCGUUUGGCUUUUUAAAUAGUGAAUAUUGUAUUCCAUGAGUAGGUCAUAGAGUUAUGGAUAUGUUUUUUUUUUAUAAACACUCUUGUACAUUGAAAUAUGUUAUUCUGGUUUAAUUAAAUGUCAAUUGUGUUCACACAGAAAUGGUGGCAAAACCUUACCAGCUUUUCAGUUAGCAUUCAGUAGCUAGCCCCAGACUAGCAGCCAAGAGUAACGUUAACGACGAAAAAAACUGCUUAUUAACGUUAGCUAGCUACGUACUACUAGCCAACAUUGAAACAUAACUAGCUAACUAACUUCUGGGUGCGAAUAUCCAGCAACGUAUAUAAAAUUGCGUUGCAGCACGUUAUCAAACCCAAACAUUGUGUUUCUAUUUUUAAACAGGUGUUUACAAUGGACCUUCCACAUCAUGGCUACCGAGCAAGUGCAAAGCCAAGAGCCCGUGCAGCUCCCCCCGCCGGGGACCCUCUCCUCUUUGACGAUACCAGUUCGGCAGCGCCACCAAUGAACAGUCAGGGUUUCUACACCCCUGGCUACAACAUGGGAGGGGCUCCAGCUGGAGGGCCAGGGGGUGCUGGGGUCAACAACCUGUUUGCUGACCCAAUGGCCAGUGCAGCCAUGAUAUAUGGCUCUUCCCUGGCCAACCAGGGAAAGGAUAUUGUCAACAAGGAGAUCAGCAGGUACGUGUCUGUGAACAAGCUGAAGUAUUUCUUUGCCGUCGACAGCAAAUAUGUAAUGAAGAAACUUCUGCUCCUCAUGUUCCCAUACACACACCAGGACUGGGAAGUUCGUUACCACAGAGACACUCCUCUCACGCCCAGGCAUGACGUGAAUGCACCUGACCUUUACAUACCUUCAAUGGCUUUCAUCACCUACAUUUUGCUUGCUGGGAUGGCCCUUGGCAUUCAGAACAGGUUCAGUCCAGAGGUCCUUGGUCUGUGUGCCAGCACUGCUUUGGUGUGGGUCGUUAUAGAGGUCUUGGUCAUGUUGUUGAGUCUCUACCUUCUCACUGUUCACUCUGACCUAUCCACGUUUGACCUCAUUGCCUACAGUGGAUACAAAUAUGUGGGGAUGAUUUUCACAGUGCUGGGUGGUCUGCUGUUUGGCAGUGAUGGUUACUUCGUGGCUCUCGCCUGGUCAUCGUGUGCUCUUAUGUUUUUCAUUGUCCGUUCUCUCAAAAUGAAGAUUCUGUCGUCUCUCUCCCAUGACUCCAUGGGGGCUGGGGCAAGUGCCAAACCAAGACUCCGCCUGUACAUCACCGUGGCCACCGCCGCCUUUCAGCCAAUCAUUAUCUACUGGCUCACCUCACAUCUGGUCAGGUGACCUGGUAUAGGGGUCUGAUGCGGAGGUCCUUUGGUAUCAAACUUUAAAAAAAAUUAAAAACUUUAAAAAAAACACUGAUGCUUUCUACAAAUUUGGUUCUUCUGAGUGUCACUGUUACCUGCCUUUCAGCUCAUCUGCCAGAGAAAAGGGGAUAAUAGAUAUCGAGCUGUAUAUUGUGUUCAGCUUGUGGGUUAGUUUUAAAUGAACAUUUAUUUUUGACUUCUGUACAGUGUGAGGCUUUUGUAUGCAAGACGCAUCGCUUGUCAAAAUGGAAGGCUUUUAUGUUUUCUCACCAUGAGUGUUUUACUAACUGAGUCCUUUUUGGCCCUCUUAUUUGUAGAGAAAGAAGGGUUUUGUAUUCAUGAAAUUGGAAUAUGAUUAUGAGAAACAUUUCACACCACACUCCAGUUUUCCUCUAAAGUUUCCUGUGUAUGUUGUCCAUUUGGGCUUACCAGAAAUGUUGCAGUAUGGUUAAAUGUAAAUGAUUGAGCUACUCUGAGGAUGUGCUACCAGUGCACUCUUAGCUUCCCCAUUUAUCCUUCCCUGUUAAACCCUCCUUUAUGUAUCUAAACUUUAUAGAGUAUGAAAAACAAUCAGUGUUAUGUUUUUUGUAGAAAAAUAAACAUAUUUAGCUUUGAAUUUUAA